GUCGUUUUCCAUUUUUCUGCUAACUUUGCUAUACCACCUUAAAUGGUCUCGUGUCGUAUCGUAUCUCCAACACUCCACCUUAAGCGCGUAAUGUGGGCAACGCAGGCGUACAGUGGGGCUUCCGCUUCAUUCCAGCCGAACUCGAACCGCCGAUAGGAGCCCCAGUGUCACUUCAGAAACGACCAUUUUUAGGCACUCGUCCAAACUAAACCGAGUAUACCCACCAGCAUGUCCGAACCUAUGUAUCGUGACUGGAUUUUGGAGACUAUAGACUCACUUCGCUCACGAAAAGCCAGACCGGACCUUGAAAGAAUAUGUCGAAUGGUCCGUAGGCGACACGGGUCAGAUCCAGAGCGCACCCGUUCAGAAUUGGAAAAACUGAUCCAGGAACAAACAGUGUUGAAAGUUAGCUAUAAAGGCUCAAUUUCCUAUCGUAACGCGGCUAAAGUACAAAGAAAAAGCCGAAAGAAAACAGAACACCCGACUGGUUUUGUGAAGAACCAAUCCAAAACUACUAUUUUCAACAACGGCGACAGUGCGCACAGUUCCACAGAUCAGGGAGAAGAGACUGGGGAUGCGGAGAUAACGAAUGCGAUACUGUGCCGUGACCCCGAGACUGCCCCCCUACCCGUCGCUGAAGCCGCCCUGGUUCCGAAUAGCGGGAACAGUUGUAUUAGCGGUGGCACGGUGGUUUGUCGGAGUCAGGUUCAUUGUGCAACAGGGAGCGACGGUGAGAGGACAAAUUCGCCGAAAGAAAAACUGCCACAGACUGGAGGCAGCAGUACCUCGCCCGACAGGGAUAAAAGCACCAUCCACAAUAAUGGAAGCGGCGCUUCUGGUAUGAACAGGAGGGCUCGCGAAGUGGAACGCGGUUUGCCUGAGCUCGAGCGCUCAAGCACAAAACUGCAAAAUAAAACUUGCACCAGUGCAAAUACCAGCGGCUACCUGCGGCAGAAGCCGCACGCGCCGAUCAAGGUAAAACCCAGUGCGGGGGCAACGAGAAACGAGGGCGAAUUUGACCAGAGCAUUUCAGAUCUCGGCGACAGGUUGGUGAAUUCUGUACGAAGCCUGGUGCGGAGGAGCCGGGGCGUCGCUGCAUUAAAAGGGCACGCGCAACUGAGUCUGAAGGAGAUAUUGGGCUUUCUAAGCUCCCAAGAGCGUCUGUCUCAGGAAAAGCUGACCCGGAGCAAAGUCAAGGUGGUUCUGGAGAGAGAGGUUGCCAGGGGUCGGCUCCGCCGGACACGGUUCGGAAACAUUACUCUGCCUGUCCGUGGAGUGGUGGGGAAGUCGCACGCGCGACUCCUGCAGAGCGCCGUGCAGGACAGACAAACCGCGAAAAAGGCGGCGACGGGGGCGGUAGCCAUGGAGACGGAGAGCAGUGAGGUUAGCGGUCCGGAAAGGCCGGCCUGCGGUUCACUGUCUGCCGGAGAGAGGGACACUGGAGCUUGUGGGAGUACGGUUCCUCUCUGCCAGAGAGGGGGGGAGACGGAGGACCGUGGCGGGGCCAGGGAGAGACCGAAUAUCCCCGGGCCCAUCGCCACCACUGUCGUCCCGGGUUCACUUACCCCCCCUGACUGUCCCAACGAGCCCAAAAUGGAGCCCAUCCCCUCCUCCAGCUGCAUCGGCCCACAGCAGGAAGUGUGCGACACUGAAAGGAGUCCCACUGCACACAGAUGCCUACAGGGAGAUGCAGCUGUCCCACAGGUGCGGGCGCUCUGUCCGUCUGUCCAGAGGGAAACGGCAAACGGACAUGAGGAACUCCGGGUGGAGGAGAGCGCCGUUACCCCUGACCAGCUGAUCUGUGACCGCUCAAGCACACAGGGGGAAGUGAUGACAUUGACAGAAGGAGGGGAACAGGUUACAUCAGUUCCUCCUGAUGCCUGUAUGGGGUGUAAGAUUGAGGUGGGCGUGGCCUCCUGUUUGCUGACCCCCACUGCCUCCCCCAGGGACAACGGCAUGGUGGAAGAAGGAGGGAUGAAAAGAGGAGUCUUUGUGAAGACGGAGAAGGCUGCGCAGAGCCCGCUGGAGUGGAGCGUGUCUGACGUGGCGAGUUACUUCGUCGCGGCUGGCUUUCCCGAACAGGCUGCCGCGUUCAGAGUACAGGAAAUUGAUGGGAAAUCCCUCCUCCUGAUGCAGCGGAAUGAUGUGCUGACCGGCCUGUCAAUAAGGCUUGGCCCCGCCCUCAAGAUCUACGAGCACCACGUGAAGAUGCUGCAGAAGGCCCAUUUUGAGGACGACAGUGCUUUCUGCUGAUUGGACGUCCAGCAGCCCCUGCCGUCCCCGCGUGGACACACACACACACACACACACACACACACACACACACACACACACACCUCUGAUAGCUGACCCGCACGCCUCUCUUUGCCUCACGUGCCUGACUGCAGCACGCUGAACUGCGUUAAGCACGCACGGACCGGCCAUAAUUGCAGUUGGGGUGUCGUUCUCGUCGCUCUCUCGUUCCUUCGCGUGAUGGGAACUUCCCGCUGCGCGUCGGUUGAGCAGGUCAGGACGCUAUUUGUGGUUGCGCAGCCUUUUUUUUUUGCAUACAUUGCCUCAGUUUGACGCAGAGCUGUUGCCUGGCGCGCUGCUGGGCUGUACGCACGGUUGCCGCGUGAGGCCGCGUCACGUCUCUUUGGGUCACGCCCCCGCGCCGCCCCGCGUCUCCCGGGGCAGACCUCCGUGGUGGACUGGAACAUGUCCGCAGGAACGUCGUGACAUGCCCCUCCUAACUCUUCUCUGCUUCGCUGUUGUGGUUCCACUGCUGCCUCCCUCCCUCAUAGGCAGUGAUAGCCACUCUCUCCACCUCUGAAUCCCAUUAUUUAAAUUUGAGAAUUCCCUGCUGCCUCUCUAAAGUAUGAUGAGUGAAAACACAUUCACAAUCAUCAUUUUUUUUAAAGAUAUUUAAAAAUAUAUCAUCCUAUGUUUUUAAAACUGUUCAUUUCUAAUUAAUUGGACAUGGUCAAGAAGACGCCUCCCACCUAGAGGGAAUCCCCCAAAGGUGUCCUCGUGUAGUCCUGGCGGGGACAUUAACCACUUCAGAUGUAGCCUGACUGACUCCAUAGCCAGUUACAGUUUCAUUACAUGCUCUCCAUGAAAUUCUCUAAAGCAUGUUAGGAAUUUAUAUAUGCAUACAUGAUUUUGGAUGGUGUCUUCAUUCCAUAAAUAAACAUAAAAUGGAUGGCCAAAUAUCACCAAGCCAGUUCCCACAAUAUUGCAAAGGUAGCAGUUAUAAUUACCAGCAGAGCAAAUCCGUCACGCAUAGACUCCCAUCUGUACCAUAGUAAUGUAUAGCUCACUGACCAUUUCAGACAGUGAUGUCGCAAAUCUGUUAUCAAUAUAUAGUGAAUUAUUUUGUUCACUUUUUCAGUUUAUUUAAAUAAUUGUUCCACUGUUACAAACUUUGGGACUGUUGGUGAACCGUUGCACUGUAAAAUAUUACCCCCUGUUGGUCAAAUGUUUGCUGUUUGCCUACUGGGGGCUGUGCACAUAGAACAUUGUCUUAGAAUGGCUUGUUUGUCUUUUUUUCUAGACUUCACACUUGGAGGAAAAUGUGUGUAUUAUACAUUUGUUUUCCUGUACUUUUGGGCUUUUUUUUAAAGUAUCACAUUUUUAAAAAUAAAAAGUUACAUGAAGAGUUUAA